ACGUAGUUAUUCUUUACUUGUGAAAUUUCCUAAAAUGCAAAGCAAUUUAGAUACUUUGCAUAUUUUGCACUCAUAACCAACCCACAUAAACAAUUUCAACAGGCAAAAGAUUCUAACAACUUCAUUUAUAAUCCAGCCUUUUAUUUCUUGACAAAACAUUUGUCGUGGUGCCAAGUUAAGACAUAUUUCCUUCUUACCAUAGUUAUCAUAAACAAUUGAAAUUAGUGCUUCCGGUUUGUGUUAAUCUUCCAAGAAAAUGCCACGUUUGCAUCAUAGACUAUGGUAGUUUCUGCGAGUGAGUACUCCAUAAAUCAUUGUACACGCACUUGACGUAAUUACGCUACUCUUUCCCAAAACUUAUCCAAAUUAACAAUCCGCCCCAUAAAUUCCCACCAUUUGUUCAUAUUAAACCCAUGUUGAAGAAAAUCAGACGAAGAGUCAAAACCAUCUUCACAAAGCCUUUCAAACAGAAGCCACGAAGAAAGCCACCGCCGCCCACCACCACCUCCCCAUCGCCGCCGACCUCCCCCGCCAUGUCUCCGCCGCCGCAAACCGCCGACCGCCACCACUCCCGCCCAUUCCUCUUCCCCCAAACACACUCCACCGUCCUCCCCGAUCCGUCCCCAUUCUUCUCCCCUAAUCUCACCUCCGCCCCUCUCCCCACCAAUUCAUUCUUCCAGAACUUCGUCCUAAAAAAUGGCGAUCAGCCGGAGUACAUCCAUCCGUACCUGAUCAAAUCGUCUCAAUCGUCGCUCACACUCUGCUACCCAUCGCAGUUCAAAAGCCCCGCCUUCAUUUACCAAUCCUUCAUCUCCGAUCUCACAAUUUCAAAUUCGAAUAACCCUAACCCGAACGCAAACCACGUCGUAUCGUCGUUCAGUGACCUAGGUGUAACCCUAGACUUCCCCUCCGGCAAUCUCAGAUUCUUCCUUGUCAGAGGCAGCCCGUUUCUAACCUGCAGCGCGAUUAACUCCGUUUCCCUCUCGAUUUCAACCGUUCACGCCGUUAUAGAAUUAAUCCCAAACAGCUCGUGCACAAAGUACACAAUCAAGCUCAAUAACAACCAGACAUGGCUGCUCUACGCCUCCUCGCCGGUGAAUUUCACCCACGACACAAAAAAUAUUACCUCCAGUGUGUUCUCUGGAGUGAUCAGAAUUGCAGCUUUGCCUAAUUCCGAUCCCAAAUUCGAUUCCGUACUCGAUCGAUUCAGCUCGUGCUACCCUGUGAGAGGCGACGCCGUUUUCACGAAGCCCUUCUCUUUGGAGUACAAAUGGGAGAAGAAAGGUUGGGGUGAUUUGCUAAUGCUGGCACACCCCCUCCAUCUUCGCCUUCUCUCCGAUUCCGAUUCCGAUUCGAUUAACAUAUUAGAGGAUUUCAAAUACAACAGCAUUGAUGGGGAUCUUGUGGGCGUUGGAGAUUCUGGGUUUUCGAAAACUGAUCCUGUAUCUGUCACUUGGCAUUCGAUUAAGGGUGUUCAAGAGGAAUCGUAUUAUCAAGUAAUUGAAGCCCUCAUCAAAGAUGUCGAGGCACUGAAUUCUAGUGCGAUAUCGACUUCGUCGUCUUACUUUUUCGGGAAAUUGAUCGCUCGUGCUGCCAGGCUGGCAUUGAUAGCCGAAGAAGUGUGCUAUACUGACGUAAUUCCGGUUAUUAAGAAGUUCUUGAAGGAGACAAUUGAGCCAUGGAUGAACGGGACUUUUGGUGCUAACGGUUUCCUAUACGAUUCAAAAUGGGGAGGGAUUGUGACGAAACAAGGGUCUUUAGAUUCGGGAGCUGACUUUGGUUUUGGAGUUUAUAACGACCACCAUUAUCACUUAGGCUAUUUUAUAUACGGAAUAUCCGUGCUUGCCAAAAUCGAUGCUGUGUGGGGGAGGAAAUACAGACCGCAGGCCUAUUCUCUAAUGGCGGAUUUCAUGAACUUGAGCAAAUCGAAUUACACUCGUUUGAGGUGCUUCGAUUUGUGGAAGCUGCAUUCUUGGGCAGGUGGGCUAACGGAGUUUGCCGAUGGUAGAAAUCAAGAAAGCACAAGCGAGGCGGUGAACGCUUAUUACUCGGCCGCUUUAAUGGGAUUGGCUUACGGUGACAGCCACCUCGUCUCUAUCGGAUCGACUAUAUCCGGUUUCGAAAUUCAGGCUGCACAAACAUGGUGGCAGGUGAAGGAGGGAGAUAAAAUGUAUCCCGAAGAAUUUACGAGGGAGAAUAGAGUUGUGGGAGUUUUGUGGGCGAAUAAACGGGAUAGUGGACUUUGGUUUGCUCCAAAGGAAUGGAAAGAGUGUAGGCUCGGGAUUCAACUGCUGCCAUUGUUGCCGAUUAGUGAAGCUCUGUUUUCGGAUGUGGAGUUUGUGAGGCAGCUUGUCGAGUGGACUUUGCCUGCGCUCGGAAGGGAAGGGGUUGGAGAAGGGUGGAAGGGGUUUCUGUACGCGUUGCAAGGUGUUUAUGAUAAAGAAGGUGCGUUGGUUAACGUCGGGAGAUUGAACGGACACGAUGACGGGAAUUCGCUUACGAAUCUUUUGUGGUGGAUUUAUAGUAGGGAUGAUCAAGAAGUGGGGUGUGAUAGAGGAGGAAAGUUUUGCUGGUAUAGUAGACAUUAUUCUCAUUGAACUAUAUGAUUUUUUUUUUAAUUAUUUAUUUGUUUAUGAAUGGUUGAAAUAAAGGGAAUAAAUAUAUAUAGUAAUUGUUGUAGGGAUGAUCAAGAAUUUGUUUUGCUUUGUUUUUACAGUGUGUAUAUGUAUGCUUGUUGGAAGUUUCUUGAAUUGGAUGUUUGUUUUUUAUUUGGUUUUUCAUUGUAAGUGUUUUUUAGAUC